AUGAUGAGAACACAAAGAACAGAGGAGAACAAGAACAUCAAGAACAAAGAUUCUCCUGUUUCACAUACUACCUGCUGGAUUAUUGCAGUGAUUCUAGGGAUCAUCUUCGUGGCAUUGCUGGGAACAACAGCGGGUUUUAUUAUCAAGGGCUGUCUCUGUCCACAUUGCCCUGAGCAGUGGGUAGGCUACAGAGGGAGCUGCUACUCCUUCUCCAAGGAGAAGAAGGACUGGCAUUCCAGCCAGGAAUCCUGCCUGAAGCAGGGAGCUCAUCUCCUGGUGAUCAGCGAUACCAGCGAAAUGGACUUCUUCCAGGUGAUGCGCACUGAAUCCCACUGGAUUGGUUUGAAGAAUAGCACUGGUGGUGGCUGGGCCUGGGAAGACGGCUCAAAACUGGGUGGCAAAAAAGUCCUGUCCAACAGCCCUGUGCAGAACUGCGCCGUUCUGCUGGAAGGUGCCAUCCGUGCUUCCAGCUGCGAAUUCACUGCCCCAUGGAUCUGUGAGAAAGCUCUUCAGUGA